UGAACGAGCUGACGAGCCCUCGUUAUUAACGGUUCGUUCAUGAUUCGCACAUCUCUCUUCGGCAUUUUAGCAGAAAGACACAUUCAAUAACGGCGAUCUCUGUGACGUUCACACCAUCUUGACGAGUCUCAAUUUUGUCACAACACAAAGACCAAAUGGGACUGCUCACAGCACUCGCAGUUGCAGCAGGUACAGCAGGUGCGGCAGGAGGGGUUUUGUUUUUUGCCCCUGUUGCUCUUGCAACGAUUGGUUACUCUGCUGCAGUGGGAGUGACCGCAGUGGCCAAUGCUGGACUGUUAACAGGCACAGCGGCAGUAGCAGGUUCAGCUGGUGCGAGUGCUGCUGCUACUGCACCUGUCGCAGGCUUGGUGAUGGCUCUCUUCUGAAUCCUUGACCACCGAAGGACCAUCCUAAAACAUGUCUCCUAUUUCAAUUGUUAGGAUUUCCACCACCUUUGGUGCCAUUAUUCAUGUUCAUGUAAAACAGAUGUCAAGCCUAAGUUCUGUCCAAAUAAUAUGAAUGGAAAUGUUACGGUUCCACUGUAUGUGUGAUAUUUUUGCGAAUAAAAUGUGACACACGUG